GCCGCGCCGGAGAGACCCGCGGGGACGGUGCGCUCCGCAGCCUGUGCCCUGGGCGCCUCUGGUCGCUGGGUUUCAUCCACAGCUGGGCUGGAGCGCAGCAUCCUCCUCCGGGAAUCCGGACACGCGACUGCUCCGAGUGCGUGCGUAUGUGUGUGUGUGUGUGUGCGUGCGUGCGUGUGUGUGUGUGUGUGGAGAGACAGGGAGAGAGAGACCGGGCGCGCGCGUGUGUGCGCGCACGAGUGGGGGCAGUGCACACGCGGGGAGUGCGGGGGAGUGUGUUUGUGUGUGCGCGUGUGGAUGUGAGUGCUUGGCUCCCCCCUCUCUGACACACACACACACACACACACACACACCAUCAUUAUCAUCAUCAUCAUCACACACGCGACAGGCUCUUCCGAACUUGAAGACAUCCCACAUUCCAAGAUGCCCGAGGUUCCUGGGAAUGCUUGGAGUUCUUCAGUCUGGAAAAUCCUACCGGUAUCUUCCUGAGAGACGAUUUAUGUGUUUAUUUAUUUUAAUCUGGAAGAGAAUAAGUUGUGCUCCCCUCCCCCUCUCCGCGCCCCUGCUUGUUAAAUGCCAUGGAUAUAACCGAAUAAGCCACCUGGACGUUCGAGGCCGCCACCUGCCUGUCUUCGCCCGGAGCCGGAGGGCUUAGCUCGAGCCUGCCUGGGGCGGGCAAGGAUGCGCCGUCAAGCCAGGGAAGCCGGGCGCCCCGCGAAGCCUGCCCGGGAGCGUCCCCGCCGGAGGUAGCCGCUGCCUGGCGCAGGCGCAGAGGCUGAGUGACCAGACCAUGGAGACCCUGCUUGGCGGUCUGCUGGCAUUUGGCAUGGCAUUUGCCGUGGUUGAUGCCUGCCCCAAGUACUGUGUCUGCCAGAACUUGUCUGAGUCACUGGGGACCCUGUGCCCCUCCAAGGGGCUGCUCUUUGUGCCCCCUGAUAUCGACCGACGGACGGUGGAGCUGCGACUGGGGGGCAACUUCAUCAUCCACAUUGGCCGCCAGGACUUCGCCAACAUGACGGGGCUGGUGGACCUGACCCUGUCCAGGAACACCAUUAGCCACAUCCAGCCCUUCUCCUUCCUGGACCUGGAGAGCCUCCGUUCCCUACACCUCGACAGCAAUCGGCUGCCCAGCCUCGGAGAAGACACCCUGCGGGGCCUGAUCAAUCUGCAGCAUCUCAUCGUGAACAACAAUCAGUUGAGUGGCAUCGCCCACGAUGCCUUCGAGGACUUCCUGCUGACGCUGGAGGACUUGGACCUCUCCUACAACAACCUGCGCGGGCUGCCCUGGGACUCCGUGCGGCGCAUGGUCAACCUCCACCAGCUGAGCCUGGAUCACAACCUGUUGGACCACAUCGCCGAGGGCACGUUUGCCGACCUGCAGAAACUGGCCCGCCUGGACCUGACGUCCAAUAGGCUGCAGAAGCUGCCCCCGGACCCCAUCUUUGCUCGCUCCCAGGAUUCCUUGCUGACCGCCACACCCUUCGCCCCACCCUUGUCCUUCAGUUUUGGGGGGAAUCCCCUACAUUGCAACUGUGAACUUCUCUGGCUGAGGAGACUUGAGAGAGAGGAUGACCUGGAGACCUGUGGCUCCCCGGGGGGCCUCAAGGGCCGUUAUUUCUGGCACGUGCGGGAGGAGGAGUUUGUGUGUGAGCCGCCCCUCAUCACCCAGCACACGCACAAGCUGCUGGUUCUGGAAGGUCAGGCGGCCACACUCAAGUGCAAGGCCAUCGGGGACCCCGGCCCCCUGAUCCACUGGGUCGCCCCCGACGACCGCCUGGUGGGGAAUUCCUCCAGGACCGCCGUGUAUGACAACGGCACCCUGGACAUCCUCAUCACCACGUCCCAGGACAGCGGGGCCUUCACCUGCAUUGCAGCCAAUGCUGCGGGGGAGGCCACGGCCACCGUGGAGGUGUCCAUCGUCCAGCUCCCACACCUCAGCAACAGCACCAGCCGCACGGCACCCCCCAAGUCCCGCCUCUCAGACAUCACGGGCUCCAGCAAGACCAUCCGGGGAGGGGGAGGCAGCGGGGGUGGGGAACCACCCAAAAGCACCCCGGAGCGGGCUGUGCUUGUGUCCGAUGUGACCACCACGUCUGCCCUGGUCAAGUGGUCGGUCAGCAAGUCAGCGCCCCGAGUGAAAAUGUACCAGCUGCAGUAUAACUGCUCGGACGACGAGGUACUGACCUACAGGAUGAUCCCAGCUUCCAACAAGGCCUUCGUGGUCAACAACCUGGUGUCGGGGACGGGUUAUGACUUGUGCGUUCUGGCUAUGUGGGAUGACACGGCCACGACGCUCACAGCCACCAACAUCGUGGGCUGCGCCCAGUUCUUCACCAAGGCUGACUACCCGCAGUGCCAAUCCAUGCACAGCCAGAUCUUGGGGGGCACCAUGAUCCUGGUCAUUGGUGGCAUCAUCGUGGCCACGCUGCUGGUCUUCAUCGUCAUCCUCAUGGUACGGUACAAAGUCUGUAACCACGAGACGCCCAGCAAGAUGGCAGCGGCCGCCGCCGUCAGCAACAUGUACUCACAGACCAACGGGGCCCAAGCUCAACCACUGAGCGGUGCGCCUGCCGGGCAACCCCCACAGGGACCACCCAAGGUGGUGGUGAGGAAUGAACUCAUAGACUUCAGUGCCAGCUUGGCCCGGGCCUGUGACUCAUCCUCUUCCAGCUCUCUGGGUAGUGGGGAGGCUGCGGGGCUGGGCCGGGGUCCUUGGAGGCUCCCACCCCCAGCCCCUCGCCCCAAGCCCAGUCUUGACCGCCUGAUGGGGGCCUUUGCUUCCCUGGACCUCAAAAGUCAGAGAAAGGAGGAGCUGCUAGACUCUAGGACUCCAGCCGGGAGAGGGUCAGGGACAUCGGCCACGGGCCACCAUUCAGACCGAGAGCCGCUGCUGGGGGCCCCGGCCACCCGCGCCAGGAGCCUUCUCCCCUUGCCCCCGGAGGGCAAGGCCAAACGAAGUCACUCUUUCGACAUGGGGGACUUUGCGGCUGCCGCAGCAAGCGGGGUGGCCCCUGGUGGCUACAGCCCCCCUAGACAGGUCUCGAACAUCUGGACUAAACGUAGUCUCUCUGUCAAUGGCAUGCUUUUGCCUUUUGAGGAGACUGACUUUGUGGGGGCCAGGGGGACGUUUGGCAGCUCGGAGUGGGUGAUGGAGAGCACAGUGUAGCUCUGUCUCUUCCACCCUCAGAGAGGAAGGGGACGGAGUGGUCACUCGUGAGUCUUUGUGGAGUUUCCAUGGUGAUGUUUACAUCCAGGGACAGUUUCAUCUCCCUGUCAAUGGCCUCUUGUCCCUCCUCCCAGCCGCCACCACCGACCACCCCACGUCACCUUCCCAGGCCUGUCGCCCCCACCCAGCGGGGUGUGCUCAGGGAACGAGGAUUCACUGAAAUGUUGGACUGAGCCCUGAGUGUUUGGAGAGGCGACACGGCUGCCUUUCUAAUCACCAAUGUAGCGACAAGCGAGCGCUUUAGGAUGGCUUAUGGAUCCAGUGUUGUUUUGAUUGGUUAAUUUAUUUUUCCAUUUCCCAGACUCCUCCUCUUCAUUCUUACGGGUGUGAAAGUAUGAGGGCCAUAUUGUAUGUCUGAGCAGAGUGUGGCAUUUCCCAGUUCAUUAUUCACCCUCAACCCCGUACCCCACUCGGGGAGACACGAGUGCCCCAUAAAUGCCCAGUUUCCACUGCUGCUCGGACACCCACACCUAGCGCAGGAGCCCAAGCUAGAAGGGUGACUUCAGGACCCAGGUGGGGGCUGAGAGAAGGGCCCAUGGUGUCGGACAGAAGGGCUAUCACUCUGGGCUUGCUUUAGGGGGUUGCCUCUUUUCUGGGGCACAGGGGUGGGAAGUCCCCCACGUGCUUAUGCUGGCCAAGAGGACUUCUAUGAAAGAAAGCAGAUAAGAGGGCACUUGACCCCCAAAGCCCUGAGUCCGGUGCUCCAGGCGUCUUCUGUCGUUGGGCCUCGGUGUCCCCACCUGGGACGACUCUGGAAGGCCUCCAAGAAUAAGUUAGCACUCCCCCGGCUCCAGGUGUGUGUGUGGCGUGCAGCUCAAUGAAUGAUGUCAGGAUCAAAAGCUACCAGGGAAGCCCUUACCUUCACUGGGAAGGAACAUUCCAGAGCCCUUUAGAGGGGAAGCUUAGUCAUUUUAGAAGCAACAUACUUUCAAUGCUCAGCCUUCCUCCCUCCCCACCAGAGCAUGAGACUUGUCCAAGGCCUAUACACAGGUCACAUUAGUGACCAAACCAGAUCAGGGACCAAGGCUGCGUACCUCCUGGGGGUGGCAUUUGGGGGAUCUGUGACCCCAUCUUCCCCUUGACGUGGUUGGCUCUGUGAGCCCCCUGUGUUCCAUGUGUGUCUCCUGAAGAGGGCGUCUCAGGGCAGGAACGGGAGAGGGGGUGCCUUCUCGAUUCUCGAGGUUUUCCCCUGGAGGACCCAUGCAUGGACAUGACAGAACGGGACUGAGGUGGCUCACGGGCUCCUGUCCCCCACACUCCACACAGCUGGAGGAAAGCUGUUUCAGGCAGAGUCAAGUGACACCCUGCCGGUCACUCCUGGUCUCUCCUUGCUUCCUGCCAGAUGGCCCCUCGAGGUCAACACGCUACCUCUUGCUCUUUCCACCUCCCUGGCUCAUCCUUCCCCCUCGCCCGCCUCUCCCACAGACCUCUGCCUUUCCUCCUGUUUGUCUUCCCCCUCCUUCAGUACAGCAGCCAAGCACACAGGUGGGGAACGUUUGGGGCCUCAAAUUUCAGAUGGACCCAGACCUGGAGCUGAGCCACUGGGCCCCCACCCAGGAACACCCAGCGUGGGUGACACACACUCUUUCUCUCUGAAGAGUAGGCUUUUGGCUCUUUCCCUAGCGCCCCAAAUCUCACACCCAUGUCCCUCUCUUCCCAGCCCCUCUGCUCCAUUCCCCGCUGCCCUUCUUACUCUCCUGUCUCUGUCACUGCUUUGUCUGUCCACUUUCUUCCAGCCCUUCCUUGAUCCUUCUACCAAGGUCAUUAACAGGCCCGGUCAGUGUGCCCUGGACACCAAAGGUUAGUCCUCCAAGCCAGUCCUUGUACCAGGGAUGUACUUUCCUUGUCACACCAGUCCUCCCCCGAGACACACACACACACACACACACACACACACACAGACACACACGGGUGAUUUGAAAGGAAAUC